AUGGCAUGUCUGCUGGAUCUUCCAGCUGAAGUGAUUCUAGCCAUCGUCGACUACCUACAAAUGGGCACGAAGCAGGAACCACUGCUAUUCCAAGACCUUGGGGAUGCCUACCGCUACGCGAUCGAGCAUGAUCCUUCACCGAGCGUCAAAGACCUUCAUUCUUUCCUACUCGCCACCUAUCACCCGAAUGGUCUUCUUCUACAGCCAUUGUUCUAUCGUGACAUAUUUGUCCGCCGAUAUGGUCGUGUCGGCGAACCGGUUCCGCUGCAACAGCUAAACCGGAGUCUCGAGAAGGACCCGAGUCUCCAGGAACACAUAACCUCGGCGACUGUUCCAUGCGACGACUCGAUUCAUGAUAUCCAUCAGUUCUUUUGGUUCUCCAAUAUACAAACCCUUACUAUUCACAAGUUCAGUGAUUGGGAGCCAUUGGAAUUUGCAAACAACUCACAUAUUGGCACUUCGCCCGUCAAAUGUCUAAGACUGAUUGAUUGUGGGGCGCAUGAAGAGGCUCUAGCCGCUGUAUUAAGCUGGCCGACAGCUUUGAAGACGCUUCACUACGAUGCCGAGCAAGGCGAGUGGGAGGGCCAUUACGGGGACGAGCCAGCCAAAAGCUGGACAUGUGCUGCUUUUGUGCGCACACUGCAACCGCAGAAAACAACGUUGGCUGAACUGACAAUGACGCGGCCACCGCUUGUCCAUGAAGGACUGGGCAAUGGGCCUCGCAUUGAUCUGAGCGAGUUCACGUCCCUUAAAACUCUACGCAUUUACCACGUCUUUCUCUGUGGAUGGGAUGAUCCGUAUGGGGUCUGGAGUGGCUUACCUCGCAGUCUGGAGGUGUUGGAGGUCUUUUACGACGAUACGGACCUCACUAAUUUCCUAUGGGAGAGUGAUGAGUUACCACCGUACGAUCCUUUUGUUCUUGAUUUGAUCCAGCAUAAGAGGACGCAUCUUCCAUAUUUACACACGGUGACUAUCCGCUCGCCUAAAGCAGUCUAUGAUCCCGAAACAGAUGAGGAACUGCCUGCGGGACUCUGGACACUGCCAUCUUCGCUCGCGCGCGAAGCUGAAUCCGCUGGUAUAAAGCUGAAUGUGUGGCUGGGAUACCGGGAUGGUCCAGAUUUUGAGAAAACUGACGUUUUUGAGUUACUGAAAAUCAGUUAA